AUGGUAGGAAGCGCGGCCGCUUUGCUUUUAUUUUGGAGGGAGCCCCUUUUUUGCGGAAGGUGGAUGGACGCCCCCCCGGGAAGCAGCCGCCGGGGGCAGGGGACAGGGAUGGGGUCCCCAUCCUGCAAAUCUCUGGCUGAGGGAGGGACUGGAGCAGCCGGGAAGGGUGUGGGUAUGGCCAGCCCCCGGCCCCCCAAAUACCUCCUCGUCUUCGAUUUCGACGAGACCAUCAUCAACGAGAACAGCGAUGACUCCAUCGUGCGGGCGGCGCCGGGGCAGGCGCUCCCGGAGCACAUCCGGCAGACUUUUCGCGAGGGCUUCUACAACGAGUACAUGCAGCGCGUCCUGGCCUACAUGGGGGACCAGGGGGUCAAGAUGGGGGACUUCAAGACUGUCUAUGAGAACAUCCCCCUGUCCCCCGGCAUGCCCGACCUCUUCCAGUUCCUCUCCAAAAACCACGAGCUCUUCGAGAUCAUCCUCAUCUCCGACGCCAACAUGUUCGGCAUCGAAAGCAACCUGAGGGCGGCCGGUUUCUACUCCCUCUUCCGCAAGGUCUUCAGCAACCCGUCCAGCUUUGACAAGAGGGGUUACUUCACCUUGGGGCCCUACCACAGCCACAAGUGCCUUGACUGCCCGGCCAACAUGUGCAAACGCAAGAUCCUCACCGAGUACCUGGCCGAGAGAGCCCAGGAGGAGGUGGAGUUCGAGAGGGUUUUCUACGUGGGGGACGGCGCCAACGAUUUCUGCCCUUCCGUCACUUUGACUUCUGCUGAUGUGGCUUUCCCCCGAAAGGGCUACCCCAUGCACCGGAUGGUCCAAGAGAUGGAGAAGAAGCAGCCUGGGGCUUUCCAGGCCACUGUCGUCCCCUGGGAGUCGGCUGCAGAGGUCGCCCGCUAUCUCCAGGAGCUGCUCAAGAAGAAGUGUUGAGGAUGGCUCACGAGAGACUUGUUUCCCAUAAGCAGCUGGGAAAGGAGGAGUUGUGGGGGGUGACGUCCU